UGAGGGUGAAGCAGAUCGAGAUGCCAUCAACAUUGCCAAAUUUCUCCAAUUCAGUGAAGCUUAAGUACGUAAAAAGAGGUUAUCAAGUCUUAGUCAACCACCUUUUCACCUUCCUCCUCAUCCCUCUCAUGGCCGGAAUCCUCCUCGAAGUCCUCCGUAUAGGGCCGGAUGAAACCCUAAAACUCUGGUCAUCUCUUCGAUUCGAUUUCGUUCAAGUCCUCGUUGCAAUCUUCCUCAUCGUCAUCAUCACAACCGUCUAUUUCAUGUCUAAACCUCGACCUAUUUACCUUGUCGACUACUCUUGUUUUAAACCACCUUUCACCUGCCGUGUACCCUCCUCCACCUUUAUGGAACACUCAAAACUCAUUCUCAUAGAUAACCCUAAAAGUGUCGAAUUCCAAAUGCGGAUCCUUGAACGAUCCGGAGUCGGCGAAGAAACGUGUCUUCCACCUGCGAUUCAUUAUAUCCCUCCUACACCAACCAUGGAAGAUGCAAGAAGUGAAGCUGAGUUACUUAUCUUCUCUGCUAUUGAUAAUCUCUUCAAUAAAACUGGAAUCAAGGCGAAAGAUAUCGAUAUACUCGUCGUGAAUUGCAGUUUAUUCUGUCCUACACCUUCAUUGUCAGCUAUGGUGGUGAACAAGUAUAAGAUGAGAAGUAAUAUUAGAAGCUUUAAUUUAUCUGGAAUGGGUUGCAGUGCUGGGCUUUUGUCUGUUGAUCUAGCUCGUGAUCUUCUUCAAGUUCACCCAAAUUCUUAUGCUUUGAUUGUGAGUACUGAGAUUAUGACUCCUAAUUAUUACAGUGGGAACAACAGAGCUAUGCUUCUACCAAAUUGUUUGUUUCGUAUGGGGAGUGCUGCGAUCCUUCUCUCGAAUCGUAGCAAGGAUUCGAGGCGCGCCAAGUACCGGCUCGUCCAUCUGGUCCGCACCCACAAGGGAGCGGACGAUAAGGCUUACCGCUGUGUGUACCAAGAGGAGGAUCCUCAAGGGAAGGUUGGGACUGCGCUAUCUAAAGAUCUCAUGGCGAUCGCCGGAGAAGCAUUGAAGUCGAACAUCACGACGAUGGGACCGUUGGUGUUGCCAGCAUCGGAGCAGCUGUUAUUCCUCUUCACACUCAUAGGAAAGAAGCUAUUUAACCCAAAAUUGAAGCCUUAUAUUCCUGAUUUCAAGCAAGCAUUUGAACAUUUCUGUAUCCAUGCCGGAGGGAGAGCUGUGAUUGAUGAAUUGCAGAAGAACUUGCAACUAUCGGCGGAACAUGUUGAGCCGUCGAGAAUGACGUUGCACCGAUUUGGGAACACAUCGUCUUCUUCUCUUUGGUAUGAAUUGGAUUAUAUUGAAGCUAAGGGGAGAAUGAAGAAAGGCGAUAGGGUUUGGCAGAUCGCAUUUGGAAGUGGGUUUAAGUGUAACAGUGCUGUUUGGAAGUGCAAUCGCAACAUUAAAAUGUCUACCGAUAGUCCAUGGGCUGAUUGCAUUGAUAGGUACCCUGUUCACAUCCCUGAAAUCGUCAAGCUAUAAAUUUGGAUUAAUUGUUCUGCA